AUGGCCGGGCUGCAGGCGCUGGUGCAGCGGGUGCUGCGCGCGCUGAUGUGGCGGGCACUACAAGCCCUGCUCUGCCCGCACCAAGCGCUCAUCUCUGCGCUGCGCGUGCGCCCGGACACCGGGAGCUGGAUCCCGUGGCUCCCCAAGCCUCUGACGGACCGUGGGAAUUCUCGUCGCAGUCCGCGCCGGCACCUGCACCCGCACCGGCACCCGUACUCGCGGCGGGACCCGGCGCUGGCCGCUAUGCACCCCGGGCUGCGCUGGCGCGCGGGCGGCGGGACCCUGCACAAGUUGCCGGUGCACCUGGGUCUGCUGAUCACGGAGUUGGAGCACAGCUUCUCGGACGUGGCGAGCAUCGUGGUGUGGUGCGUGGCCGUGGGGAUCUCCUACGUUAGCGUCUACGACCACCAAGGUAUUUUCAAGAGAAAUAAUUCCAGACUGAUGGAGGAAAUUUUAAAACGACAACAGGAACUUUGGGGCUUAGGUUGUUCCAGAGACUCAGCAGAGUUGGCAGAGUGUAACGGCAAAGACCGGCUAGUUUUAAACUGCUGGUCGGCAGUGCAGGUGCUGUCCCCAGAAGACGGGAAAGCAGGCGUCGUGAGAGCCGCCCAGGACUUCUGCCAAUUGGUGGCGCGGCAGCAACGGAGAGCCACGGAUCUGAACGUGGAUGUGUUCGACGGCUUGCUUCGUUCCCACGGCUUCCCUGAUCCGGAUUUAGUACUGAAGUUUGGUUCUGUGGACAGCACAUUAGGCUUUCUCCCCUGGCAAAUCAGACUGGCUGAGAUUGUGUCCUUGCCUUCUCACCUGAACCUCCAUUACGAGGACUUCUUCGCCGCCCUUUGUCAGUAUGCAGCGAGUGAACCGCGUCUGGGAAAGUAG